AUGGUAGAAUUAAAAAAUGAAAAAUGUUCCACGUUCCCACUUGGGAAGCUUCCCUUUCUUGCUCUGCAAGAAGUGAUUCGAAAUAUGGAUAUUCAAGAAGGAAUUCGAUUGGCUCUAACAUCAAGAAAAAUGGGGUUUUAUGUGAAGUAUUCUCGUCUUUCUGCUGGAUGCCCAAUAGUUACUAUAAAAGAUGAGAUGAGCAAUGUCAUAGUGAAGUUGAGCAAUAUCGCAAGUGUAUUUUUAUAUAAUGGUUUCAAUGCCGAUGAGAAAUUAGAGAAAACAGAUAAGGAUAACUAUAUAAGAAGGCGAGAGUUAGCGCCGUGGUUGAAUCCAACUCUUUCUACUCUUCAAAACACACAGAAUAUUCUAGUUCAAAUUCAAAAUACGUUCAAAUGUGGCAGAUUCAGAUUGGUCAUUGAUUUGAGAUGUAUACAAACCACAAUUAAAAAUGUUUUAAGUGUUUCUGAUUUUCAAAACUUUGAAACUUUGAACCUGAUCAAAGGAAAAUUAAAGGAAGAAGAUAUGAACUAUUUGAUGGAGAAUGUGAAAGAAGAUCAGGAUUUACAUAUUUUGGACACGGAAAUUCCAAAUAAUUAUUAUCAUACAAAUAUGUUUAAAUUUUAUGACAUCGUCUACGAAGACGCUCGUUUCGUCAAAAUCGAACAUCUUCUCACAAUCAAGAAUAAUUUUAUUAUCAGCCUCGGGAAGAAUAAUCUAACUCUCUCAGAUAUUAACACAUUCCUCAAGUAUUGGAUCAACUCGGAAUGUGAUUUAUUCAAAAAGAUGACUAUAAAAACUACAGAAGAAAUUGGAGAAGAAACUGAGUCAAAUUUGGACAUCUUAUUCAAUGGACUAGUGGUUCUGAAAGGUUUUCGAUUCGGAUGGGAGUCAUGGUUGAUUGCUGCCAAAUCAGUCGAACCGAGAAAAACUCAUAUUCUAUGUUUUGAAUUGUACCCGGAGGAAAUCUGUUUGUAUGCCCAUUCGAUUGAAGAGCGUCUUCUAACUGAGGAUCCGAAAGUAGACGAUGAGCCUUACGAACCAGAGUUUGAGAUAUUGAAACUACUGGAAAAGAAGAAAGAUCUGGAAGAAACAAUGAGAAUCGAAGAGAAUAAUGAAAGAAAAUUGGAAAUUGAGAAGGAAUUAGAAGAAUUGGAUCUGCAACUUCUGGAAAAAGGAGUAAGAAUGGAACAGGGAAGACAUGUUUUCGGAAGCGUUUGA